GCGCUCGUCACUCAUCACAUGACCCGUGCCCGUGCCCACUGUGCCCCGGUAGGCCAUAUUUGACAGUGGCCACUAGUUUAGCGAAGUGAGUGAGCGUGAAGAUUGCUCGUACGUUCGACGUUCCGCGCGACGAUCGGCAACCUGUAAAUACAACCGCGACCGACCGGACCGCCGAGCCGCGACCAAUCCAGCCACAAUGAGCGCGCCAACGGAAGAUGCCCCGAUAUACGCGCCGUUCUUCGGCGUUAUGGGCGCCGCCUCUGCCAUCAUAUUCUCCGCCCUGGGAGCGGCGUAUGGCACAGCGAAAGCCGGCACAGGAAUCGCGGCGAUGUCCGUGAUGAGGCCAGAGCUGAUCAUGAAAUCCAUCAUUCCUGUUGUCAUGGCGGGUAUCAUCGCCAUUUACGGCCUCGUGGUGGCCGUCCUCAUCGCGGGCUCUCUCGAAAAAGGCACAUAUAAGCUGUUUACGGGUUUCGCCCAUCUGGGUGCUGGUCUCGCCGUGGGCUUCUCUGGUCUAGCAGCCGGCUUCGCCAUCGGCAUCGUCGGCGACGCCGGUGUGAGAGGCACCGCGCAGCAACCUCGUCUCUUCGUCGGCAUGAUCCUGAUACUGAUCUUCGCCGAAGUGUUAGGUCUCUACGGUCUGAUCGUCGCCAUCUACUUGUACACCAAGUAAACGGUCAGUAGCGGCGUCUCUACCUGCCCAUGGCUCCAUGCAAGACAUGUCGCCUGUAACCAACAGCGCUCCCGACUCUAUUAUAAUGCUACAACCAACUUGUUUUGACAUUUUACUUAAAAUCACGUUACUCCAUGAUGCAUACCAUACAUACAUUUUACCUUAUCUACCUAUCUACCUACCGAAAAAAAUGGAAAAAAAAAGAGAUAAGAGAAGACACACGUGUAUACACAAACAAACACAUACAUACACACACUCAUCGGCUCAUCCCCGCGCAUCCUUCUUGGAAUAUCGUAAACUCGAAGUCGAUCUAUCUUAGCCCGAGCAUUUAACCACACCGCGCAUUACUCAUCUUACGAAUCGCAUAAUCACGUUUAUUGGAAGGUGCUGCGCGAUCGGCGAGAAAUGCCCGCCCGCUUGACUAAAUUUACCGCUCGAGUUUGAGACACGACGCGCGCGUCCUGACGCUCGCAGCGUUAUGAGGGAGCGAUGAUUGUAUAGCCAAAAAUGAGAAGAAAAAGAACGGCAAAAACGGGCGACAGGGGAAUGGAUACGUAUGUAGAGAGAAAGGAGAGAGAAAGAGAGAGAGAGAGAGAGAGAGAGAGAGAAAAAUAGAGAUCUCCCAUUUAAUCCCAUGCCGAACAUUUCUCUUUCACUGUAUAGUAAUCAUUUGUAGUGUAGUAACGAGACAUUGAAUUAACAGUUGAAGUUAAUCGGCUCUACUGAGUGUAUAAAGAGAUAAAAAACAUGUUAUUGAUAACAAAAAUAUUUAGCACAAUUAUAUACAUAUACAUAUUAAAAUGCAAUCGAAGCGGCAAGCAUAGGCAGUAAACGAAAGAGAGAGAGAGAGAGAGAGAGAGAGAGAGAGAGAGAGAGAGUGUGAGUGAGCGAACAAAAGAGAAAAAGUAAAAAAAUUAUAUCAUCGGAAUAAAAGUACACAAAUGUAGGCGACACACCAUUUGCGUGUGGUAAAACAGCGUAAUAUUCACAAAAAGAAAGAGAGAGAGAGAGAGAGAGUGAGUGAAUGAGAUUUGCAUCCCGGGUAAGAUCUCGCGUGAAUACAAAUAUUAAUACAACGUCGAAAAUCGAUCGACGAAAAACGGUAUGGUGGAUGAGAUCUUAGUAAAAGGGAAAGUGGAUAUAAAGAAAGAGAGAGAGAGAGAGAGAGGUAUGAAUGCGAAUAGUUAAUCAGUGAAUACACAC